AUGAAGCGCCUCAACCUGCUCUGCUGCUGCGUGGCCUCGCUCCUGCUCCUGGGCACCGCAGAGCCGCGCGCCCCCGGCACUGCCCACAGCUCCCCGCCGGAGGAGAAGGCCGAUGGCAGCCCUGAGGAGGAGCAAGACAGUGGCACUGCUAAUGCCUCUUUGCCUGGUGUCACUGAGGAGGGACGUGGAGACGGGGAGAAGGAGCCGGCAGGUGGCCUGAGAGGGAGCCUGGGGCCAGGGGAUGGACAGACAGAGGAGAGCAGCAAGGACCAGGGCCAGGAGGAACAGAGCUCAGGGGAGGAUUUCAUGGCAGCUCAUCAAGGAGGGAGCCAUGGGCCUGGCACACAAGAUGCCCUGGAGAACGAGGAGCCCAGCACAGGGAAAGGAGGCUCUGAGGAGGAAGGGCAGCCAGGGGAAGAGCAAACAGAGGAGCCAGGAGCAGCAUCUGCCCCUGAGGGAGAGGAGGAAAGAGAUGAGCAGAGCUCAGAGGAAGAUGACGAGCAAGGAGAGCCUGAGGAAGGUGAACACGGGGAGUCUGAGGUAGAUGGAGGCAAAGAGGAGUCUGAAGAGUCUAAGGAGGAGAAAGAGUCUGACGAAGAUGGUGACAGGCCAGAGGAUGAAGCUGAAGAGAAUGACAAGGAAGCCGCCAGCACUUCCAACAAAAAGAGCCACAGCAAACCAGAAGCUGCUGGCACAGGAGAAGCCAGGGAUGGCCCUGCCAGCUGCCAUCACCCACCCUGUGGGGAUGCAGCAGAAGACCCACCACCACCAGUAGAAGACCUGCCAGCAGCAGUGGAAAACCCACCAAUGGUGGAAGAUCCACCAGCAAAAGAAGACCCACCAGUAACAGAAGACCCACCAACAGCAGUGGAAGACUCUCCAGCAGCAGAGGACCCCCCUGCAUUGGUGGAAAAUCCCCCAGCAGCAGCAGACCCCCCUGCAGACAAGACCCCACUGGCAGGAACAGAGGUCCCCAGCACCCCACCAGCUGCAGCCGAGCCCUGGCACAGCCAGAUAGAAGAGGUUGAAGAUGCCAGCGAGCCGACCAAGCGCGACCGGUCCCACUUGGAGAACACCCUCAAGCUGAACGAGGAAAAACCUGCCGAUGAUGUCUCAGGAGUAUUGCAGCGGCUGAGGAAGAUCUACCACUCCUCCAUCAAGCCCCUGGAACACUCCUACAGAUACAACGAGCUGAGGCAGCACGAGAUCACAGCUUACCCCGGACGCACCCUGGGCUCCUCGGCCACAGAUGGGGAGAUCACUUCCAAGCCUAUGGUGCUAUUCCUGGGACCGUGGAGCGUCGGCAAGUCCUCCAUGAUAAACUACCUCCUGGGGCUGGACAACACUCCCUACCAGCUCUACACAGGGGCAGAACCCACCACCUCUGAGUUCACUGUCAUCAUGCACGGCCCCAAGCUGAAGACCAUCGAGGGCAUCGUGAUGGCUGCUGACAGUGCUCGCUCCUUCUCGCCCCUGGAGAAGUUUGGGCAGAACUUCUUGGAGAAGCUGAUAGGCAUUGAGGUGCCCCACAAACUGCUGGAGCGAGUCACCUUCGUGGACACGCCAGGCAUCAUCGAAAACCGCAAGCAGCAAGAAAGAGGUUACCCAUUCAACGAUGUGUGCCAGUGGUUCAUUGACAGAGCCGAUCUCAUCUUUGUUGUCUUUGACCCCACGAAGCUGGACGUGGGCUUGGAGCUGGAGAUGCUGUUUCGGCAGCUGAAGGGCCGCGAGUCUCAGAUCCGAAUCAUCCUGAACAAAGCCGACAGCCUGGCUACCCAGGAGCUGAUGAGAGUCUACGGCGCCUUGUUCUGGAGCCUGGCUCCUCUCAUCAACGUCACAGAGCCACCCAGGGUGUACGUUAGCUCUUUCUGGCCCCACGACUACCAUCCAGAAACCCACAGAGACCUGUUCCUCAAAGAAGAGAUAUCGCUCCUGGAAGAUCUCAACCAGGUGAUUGAGAACAGGAUGGAAAACAAGAUUGCCUUCAUCCGCCAGCACGCCAUCCGGGUGCGCAUCCACGCCCUGCUGGUCGAUCGCUAUCUACAGACCUACAAGGACAAAAUGACCUUCUUUAGCGAUGGGGAACUGGUGUUCAGGGACAUUGUAGAAGAUCCUGACAGGUUCUUUAUCUUUAAGUCCAUUCUGGCAAAGACCAAUGUCAGCAAAUUUGACCUCCCCAACCGCGAGGCUUACAAGGACUUCUUUGGCAUCAACCCCAUCACCAGUUUUAAGCUGCUGUCUCAGCAGUGUUCCUACAUGGGAGGGUGUUUCCUAGAGAAGAUCGAGAAGGCCAUCACCCGGGAGCUUCCCGAUCUCUUGGGAAGCCUCGGCUUGGGCAAGAAGCCCAACGUGCUCUCCUGCGAUGUCACUGGCUGUGGCGAAACCCCAAAGAAUCGCUACAGGAAACCCUAAGGUGACCCACAACCCAACUGUCCACGUGUUCCUACUGGUGAAUGAGCUUAUGUCUUAUCUGUCCAAGAAGCCGUGGUUUGUUAACCCUUUGAGUGCCGCGCUGGCAAAGGCUACCGUACGAUGAGGACAUCGAUGGCAGGGGAAGAUGGGUGGGCAUAAGGAAGAG